GUGGAACUGCAUCUACGUAGCACAGCUGGGAGCUUCUUAAGAGCCAAAUAUAAUGAUGUAUGAAAAGCCAUUCCUAAACUCCCAUUCUUUUUAUCCUUAUUCUGCUAUUUCUUGUUCUCUUUCGUACUUGAUUACUUUAUCAACAUUCCAUGUCCAGCUAGACUAAUGGUGGGUUCCCCACGAACACUAGUGUUUUCCCAUGUCACAAGUUUCUGGUUUUCGCCCCCCGCCAUAAGAUUUCGCUCACUAUAAAAGGGUGUGAAAACCACUCUGCAACUCAAUGUGCAGAAGAAAAAAAAAUAAAAAAUACAGUCAAUGGAGCAAGGUGAUAAUAGCUUGAGGAAAGGGCCAUGGCUAGAGGAAGAAGAUGAACAACUCGCCAGGCUUGUGAAUGUGUUUGGAGAAAGGAAAUGGGACUCCAUAGCUAUAAUAUCUGGUUUAAGGAGAAGUGGGAAGAGCUGCAGAAUGAGAUGGCUGAACUACCUCCGUCCCAACCUGAAACGUGGCCCUAUUAGUCCUGAAGAGGAGCAGAUCAUCGUCCAACUCCACGACCGAUGGGGAAACAAGUGGUCGAGGAUUGCUCGAAGCUUGCCAGGAAGAACAGAUAAUGAGAUCAAGAACUACUGGAGGUCCCAUUUGAGCAAGAAGGCUACACAAUCACAAGAAGAAGGAAACUUUCAUUGCAACUCCAAUGCUAGCCAUAAUACUGAGCUGGAUUUCCCUUACCAGACUGAGAAUCCAAGCAACAGCUGCAACUUAGCUUACUGUGACAUAGCUCAGAACGACGGGAUGAUGGUAGGACCAGACCAAUAUGAUCUGUGGAGCUUGGUGGAGUCGCCAUAUGAGACGAGAUUGUACGAUCACUGGAUGUUUGAGAUCAGUUCUGGUGAACAAGGAGAACCCAAGUUUGGUGGAGGAGGGUGUCAUAAUGGAUGGAACUACUCUGAAGUUGGUGAAAGUUGCAUGCUGGGUUCUCUGUGGGAUAUGAGCUGAGGUUAAUUAAGAGAGACUGAUCUUGUUGAUCUGUGAGUAGAGGAAGGACAAUUAGAGAACGUGGAAUCUGUAAAAUAAGGCUCUUGUUUUGAAAGCCUAUGUUUAUAACUAACAUGCAACUUCUUCAUUAAAAAGUUACUUUUCUCUUCUACAAGCCUAUGUUAUGCACAUAUAUUGUUGUUUAAUGGAGGAUCCAAGCGUUAGAUGUUCAUGACCCAAUAAACUCAUCAGCAGGUGGUUCGGACAUUUAUUUUUAGCGGUGAUCACAAAUAAUAUUUUCACAUAGCAGUCAGGUCGUGAAAAUCGAACCUUAAAACACAUCAUAUCACCCUCAUGCCUUACCAUCCGACCCUCUUCUUCGUUUUACCACUAAUAUACUUUGAUACAUGUCUCAAACAUACAUUUAUUCCAUACCCAACCAAUACAAGUCAAUAUCUUCACAAUUAUGCAUACAUUCUUCAAAAGCAUGGCUUCACCUCUAGCAUAUUGUACUCUUCAUUUUGAAGUAUAGAUAGGUUCACUACUAAACUGGCACUUGUUGGGAUGUAAAUACGAAUACAAUAAAUGAAGAGUCAUUAAACCUUCAAGUCCAAACUAAUUGGACCGAAUUUUCGAACUUGCCGAAAGUCCAAGACAUGAACUAAAAUAUAAGAACUCUCGUCUCUUAAAAAAAAAAAGGUUAUCCUCUCAUUCUAGAUGUUAUCAUCAUCUCUCAACUCUACCCCUACUUUCUCUAGUGUCCUCGUUCCUCCCAACUCUCUUCACAUUUCUUCAUCGUUCAAAGAGAUUGUACAAAAGAAACACGAAACAACACUCGAUCUUAUUAUUAUUCUAGGCGAAGGAUUAAACAGUGUACAUGAGCAAAUAUAGUUCUAGGGUGUAGUUUGGUCGAGCAUCCGUCAUCACAAUGGAGAAGAGAUAAUGUUGUUAAAACAAGCAUGCAAUUGGCUAUAUAGAUAGGGAGCUAUUGAAUACCUACAUUAAGAAACCAAAAACUAGGCUAAGUUAAGAGAACAGGAGCUGAUGAUUACAUAAAGAAACUAUUUAAAAUGUUUUGUCUUUUAUUUUGUGAAGAUUUAAAAUGUUUUAGUCACAAGUUGAAUGUUGAUAAUAAUGUAUGGAAACUAACCCUUUUUGCCUUUGAUAUCACAUUCACAGAGCCUAUCUUCUCUUGUUUGUUCCCUCUUUUUUUUUUUUUUUUUCUUUUUCAUUAAGUAGAAUAUCCACAUUUGGGCAAUCCUUUUUCUAGAACCAAAAAGUGUUAGUUUCCUUUCUUGGGUUGGAGACAACAUAUAUACUAUUUAUCUUGUGCCAUGCUUGGACCAAUCUUCUUCAAAGAUAUGGUUGGAUUUGCACAUGUUAGGAAGACCAAUAAAUCUUAAACUUUAUG